CGUUCACUAUGUCCACAAUGUCCCAGGAGGGCUGGACUGACAAUACAGUUAACAACUCACACACUACCAGUAACUGGUCACACGAUGGCGUUAACAAAGUACAAGCUACUGAUGAGCCCACACACAGGGCAACAAAGCAUAAGCGGUCUGUAGCCAAACACCGGUGGCGUAUACUCGCCGAUGCUCUACUGCGGGGUAAUGUGGCCCGAGAUUCCAGCAUUGUUGAAGGGUCAACUCGUAAUUUCACGUCUUUUGGUCUGUUUGAGACGGAUACAAGCGGGACGGUAGAAGGAAAUGUGACAUACUAUUUGCCUCAACUGGGCAAUCCCGUAGACACGCAGAAUGAUAAGGAUAAAGAAACGGCCCUCGAUCGAGAAGAUAAGACAACCAGACAAUGUCUUACGAAUGCGUCAGACAAUGCACACAAAUGCAUUGAGGGGAUCACUGGGGCGUCACGCAGGAUGCAACAGACAAUACGACUCAGUGUGUCGACAAGACACAAGUCGAUCUCCGCAAACACGCUGAUUGGGUUUGAUAACACAGGGAAUGUGUGCGUCUGGCCAUCGGAAGAGGUACUGGCCUACUAUUGUUUACGAAAUAGACAUUUGUUCAGGAACAAAGUAGUGCUGGAAUUGGGGGCGGGAAUGACAGGUCUGGCGGGUCUGGCUAUAGCCAUGGACUGCAGUUCAAAGGCGGUGGUGCUUACGGACGGCAACGAGCACAGCGUGGACAAGCUACGCGAGAACAUAGACCGCAAUUACCCCGUGUCACGUUCAGAUACAGAAGCGGAGACGUCGGAGGACAUUGAGAGGGAAUCAGGAAUUGAACCGACGUGCGAGAGACUGGUUUGGGAUCCUGCGACCCCGGUAGCCGAAUUAUUCGAGUCGGCGGUGGAUGUCAUUGUAUGCGCUGAUUGCUUGUUCUUCCGCGAUACACACGCGCGGAUGGCGGCGUUGAUCAGCAAGCUACUCAAACCACACACCCCUCAAGGCCUCACCCGGUCACCCGAUAGUACACCAUCUACGCAGCACACAGACAGCUACCUGAUGACUGAGAGAGACAGCACUACCCACAAUACUUCGGAUAAUAGUCUACUACAUGGGGGGACUGUGAGAGACAGCACCACUCACAAUACUACGGAUAAUAGUCUACUACAUGGGGGGACUGAGAGAGACAGCACCCCUCACAAUACUACGGCAGAUAAUCUACUACAUGGGGGGAGCACGCAUAUCACAACAGGCGUACCUGCGGAUGCUGGUGACAGGCCAGACAGGCGGGCGAGUGCUCUCGGGCCUCGUACCCUACACGCACCAACCGACACUGCGACCGGCACCAGUAGCGCUGCGUCUAUGGCCGUAUUCAUUCAGCCCAGACGAGGAAGCACACUACAGAGCUUUCUGAGUGUGCUGGACACCGCACACCCAGAGCUACAGUAUCAACUGAGCGAGCGAUACGACGAGACCGUGUGGGAGGCCAACACACGGCUGGUGGGUAGUGCGUGCUACAGCCCUGAUCUGCACUAUCCGCUUCUACUGGUGGUCACCAAGAGAUGAGAUGACACCCCCUCAGAGAGAGUGAUUGAGUCGACCAAGCGGUCGACCAAGCACAGCCGCAAGACACCCUGGGGUCCGCUGGGGCUGUUUCCGUAUCCGUACACAACGGAAUGGGCCCUGUGCGCCAACACGCCAUGCGAGUAACCCCGCUGUGGUUUUAACGCCUUGGACUGGGGUUGCAUUGGGAAAGCCCACCUUGGACUGGGACUAGGACAAGAGCUUUGCAGUGAGACGACCCACUUUCACGACUUAGUUGCGCCUAUCCCUAUCACCACCCGUAGUGUGUAUGUGGCGCAUGGCCGGGUGCAUCGGGUUUCGCACUCAGACUAAGCUGUAUAUAUAUUGGCACACACAUCCGAUAUGCUGCCAUCAGGGUAUCUGCUUAAAGCCAUUCGGAUGAGUGCAAGUCUUAACAGGCUCUAAUAAUGGCAAACACAUCAGAUAUGCUGCCCUCAGGGUAUCUGCUUAGGGCCAUUCGGAGGAGUGCAAGCCUUAACGGGCUCUAAUAAUGGCACACACAUCAGAUAUGCUGCUCUCAGAGUAUCUGCUUAGGGCCAUUCGGAUGAGUGCAAGCCUUAAUGGGCUCGUGUGCAAAUCCUCAGCGUCGCGUAGAGCCUAUCGAUUGCCGUACAACUUGAGUUCAUCUCAACUGUCAAUGCUACGCUCGGUGCGGUUAAUACACCCGUGGCUUUUUUCCUUUGGCAGACUAAGUAAAAUGUACACCCGUGUACGUGUAUCUGAUCCCAUACACCAUUUAUACGCCCCGACUUCUC